AAUUUAUACAAAAAUAAAAUCAUAUAUGUAAAUUAUUGAAGCGAAUCAAAAAAUCAUAGUGAUAGUGAUUCGGGGCAUCGAAGACGACGACGACGAAGCCUUGUGAACGAAGAUUGCAAUUUUUGUCCCUUUUUUUCUAUUUACAUAAAAUUAAAUUCCUAAAUUUAUGCCUUUAGUUGCACCUUUUGGUCAAUUUUUAUUGAAAAAUCUCCCAACCUACUUUAAAUUUAUCUGGAGUACAGUGUCCUAGUUAAUUUUCCUUGUCGUUUUGUUUGUUCUUUUAACCAUUUCGUGAAGUGAAAAUACCCCUUUGCUGCCUUUGUACCACCAUCAACAACAACCUAAUUAUUGGUGUCUCGAUUAAUUGGAAAACUAAAAAACAAAUUCAAGAUGUUCAUACCCGUGGCACAAACUGCUUUCCAGACUCUGAGAAGAUCACCACGCGUCCGCGUUUGGCUCAUCAACAAAAAUGCCUUUUCCACUCAGGUUGAAUAUAAACCAAUUCGAUCGGUUUUGGUUGCCAAUCGUGGAGAAAUUGCCAUUCGUGUCUUCCGGGCGUGCACAGAAUUGGGCAUCAAAUCGGUGGCGAUCUAUUCUGAACAAGACAAAAUGCACAUGCACCGACAGAAAGCCGAUGAAUCGUAUAUCGUUGGCAAGGGUCUUCCUCCAGUCGAAGCCUACCUCAACAUUCCAGAAAUUAUCCGUGUUUGCAAGGAAAACGACGUCGAUGCUGUGCACCCUGGAUAUGGUUUUCUAUCGGAACGUAGUGACUUUGCUCAAGCUGUGAUCGAUGCUGGUCUACGUUUCAUUGGUCCAUCACCGAAGGUGGUGCAACAGAUGGGUGAUAAGGUGGCAGCUCGGGUUGCUGCUAUCGAGGCUGGUGUUCCAAUUGUCCCUGGUACUGAUGGUCCAGUGACCACAAAAGAAGAAGCUUUGGACUUCUGUAAGAAACACGGUCUGCCUGUGAUUUUCAAGGCUGCCUACGGUGGAGGCGGUCGUGGUAUGAGAGUUGUGCGAAAGAUGGAUGAAGUUGAGGAAAUGUUUCAACGUGCCAGCUCUGAGGCCAAGGCUGCUUUUGGUAAUGGAGCUAUGUUUAUUGAGAAGUUCAUCGAGCGUCCACGUCACAUUGAGGUGCAAUUGCUCGGAGACAAGGCUGGCAACGUUGUUCAUUUGUACGAACGUGAUUGCUCAGUACAGCGUCGUCAUCAAAAAGUUGUCGAAAUUGCCCCCGCACCAAGAUUACCCCAAGAAGUUCGUGAUAAAAUGACCGAGGCAGCAGUGCGCCUAGCCAAACAUGUUGGCUAUGAAAAUGCUGGAACUGUAGAAUUCUUGUGCGACGAAACUGGAAACUUCUACUUCAUUGAAGUCAAUGCUAGAUUACAAGUUGAGCACACUGUGACUGAAGAAAUCACUGGAAUCGACUUGGUGCAGUCUCAAAUUCGUGUAGCCGAAGGCAUGACUCUUCCCGAACUUGGCUACACUCAGGAAAACAUCAAACCUCGUGGAUACGCCAUCCAAUGUCGUGUCACCACUGAAGAUCCAGCCAAUGAUUUCCAGCCCAGUACUGGCCGUCUCGAAGUUUUCCGUUCCGGUGAGGGUAUGGGCAUCCGUUUAGAUUCCGCAUCUGCCUUCGCCGGUGCUAUCAUCUCCCCAUACUACGAUUCACUGCUUGUGAAGGUAAUUUCACAUGCAUCUGACCUGCAAGGUUCUGCCUCCAAGAUGAACCGUGCCCUUCGUGAAUUCCGUAUUCGUGGUGUCAAAACCAAUAUCCCAUUCUUGUUGAACGUGCUAGAGAAUCAGAAAUUCCUCCAUGGUGUUCUCGAUACCUACUUCAUUGAUGAGCAUCCAGAGCUCUUCAAAUUCCGUGUCUCACACAAUCGUGCUCAAAAACUGCUCAACUAUGUCGGUGAGGUGCUGGUCAAUGGCCCCCAAACCCCAUUGGCAACAACUCUGAAGCCUGCAAAUGUCGACCCUCAUAUACCAACUGUCCCACUUGACUUAUCGCCAGAAGCACUCGAAAAAGAAGAACGUGGCGAGUGUAAAGUAACCGAACCACCAAAAGGUCUACGUGAUAUUUUAAAAAGUCAAGGACCUGAAGCAUUUGCCAAAGAAGUUCGCUCACGUAAAAAUCUACUUUUGAUGGACACUACCUUCCGUGAUGCUCAUCAAUCUUUAUUGGCAACUCGUGUCCGAUCACAUGAUCUUUUGAAGAUUUCACCAUAUGUUGCACACAAAUUCAAUAAUUUGUAUGCUUUGGAGAACUGGGGUGGUGCCACUUUUGAUGUUGCCCUACGUUUCUUGCACGAAUGCCCAUGGGAACGAUUGGAAGAUAUGCGAAAGCAAAUCCCCAACAUUCCCUUCCAGAUGCUGCUGAGAGGUGCCAAUGCUGUUGGCUACACUAACUACCCGGACAAUGUUGUUUUCAAGUUCUGUGAACUUGCUGUGCAAACUGGUAUGGAUAUCUUCCGUGUGUUUGACUCAUUGAACUACUUGCCAAAUUUGAUAUUGGGCAUGGAAGCAGCUGGUAAGGCUGGUGGUGUUGUUGAAGCUGCUAUUUCGUACAGUGGAGAUGUCAGUGAUCCAACAAAGACAAAGUAUGACCUCAAGUACUACACAAAUCUUGCUGAUGAACUUGUCAAAGCCGGAACACACGUACUGUCAAUUAAGGAUAUGGCUGGUCUUCUCAAACCUUCUGCAGCUAAGUUACUUAUUACCGCUAUUCGUGAUCGUCAUCCUGACAUCCCAAUUCACAUUCACACCCACGAUACUUCCGGAGCUGGAGUAGCAUCUAUGUUGGCAUGCGCUGAAGCUGGAGCAGAUGUUGUUGAUGUUGCAGUUGACUCUAUGUCCGGCAUGACCUCCCAGCCAAGUAUGGGUGCUAUUGUCGCUUCGUUGCAAGGAACACCCUUAGACACCGGCAUGGAUCUCCGUGAUGUCUCUGAGUACUCAGCUUAUUGGGAACAAACACGAACCCUCUACGCUCCAUUCGAAUGCACAACAACAAUGAAAUCUGGAAACGCUGACGUUUACCUGAACGAAAUCCCCGGUGGUCAAUAUACCAACCUUCAAUUCCAGGCUUAUUCUCUGGGCUUGGGAGACUUCUUUGAAGAUGUCAAGAAGGCUUACCGCGAGGCAAACUUAUUGCUUGGCGAUAUUAUCAAAGUCACACCAUCAUCGAAGGUUGUUGGUGAUCUUGCUCAGUUCAUGGUACAGAACAAAUUAAACGCCGAACAGUUGCUCGAUAAGGCUGAGGAGCUUUCAUUCCCCAAGUCUGUUGUUGAAUUCCUACAGGGAGCUAUUGGUACUCCCUAUGGUGGAUUCCCAGAGCCACUUCGUUCUCGUGUACUUAAAGAUAUGCCACGCAUCGAAGGACGUCCAGGUGAACACCUUCCUCCAUUGGACUUCAACAAGCUGAAGGCCGAUCUUAAAGAAUCUCAUCCAUUGGUCAGCGAUCGCGAUGUCAUGUCAGCAGCUCUCUACCCACAAGUCACCGCAGACUACCUGAACUUCAGGGAAGACUAUGGACCAGUCGACAAACUGAAUACUAGGGUAUUCUUGACCGGUCCCAAGGUUGGAGAAGAAUUUGAGGUUACUAUUGAGAAGGGCAAGACUUUAAGUGUUAAGACUUUGGCUAUGGCAGAAGAUCUCACAGCAAACGGUGAACGCGAGGUAUUCUUCGAGAUGAACGGUCAAUUGCGAUCAGUGUUUAUCCGUGACAAGGAAGCUGUUAAGGAACUCCACAUCCAUCCAAAGGCAACCAAGGGUAACAAGGACGAAGUUGGAGCUCCAAUGCCCGGUACAGUCAUCGAUGUCCGUGUCAAGGAAGGUGACAAAGUUGAGAAGGGUCAACCUCUCGUUGUUCUUUCUGCCAUGAAAAUGGAAAUGGUCGUCCAAGCGCCCAAGGCUGGCACAAUCAAGAAGCUUCACAUCACAAACAACAUGAAACUCGAAGGCGACGAUCUUCUCGUAGUCAUAGAAUAAACCCGCUUAGACAUUUAAGGCCAAAUCCAGAAUAUAUUCCUUUCCACUCAUCUUGACUGUAGUUCCAGUGAGACUAAGCUUAUAGAUUAGAGUGUGCAUGAGUGUCUUUCUUUUUAAACAAAAAAUAAGGAGAUCAAGAAAAUAUUUAGCAUAUACUUAAAUUAAACAAAUGAAAAAUAAUUUUUAUACGAAAAAAUAAUAAGAAAAUUUUAUGGGACAUCCAGGGCUUAGAAUACGAUUGUAUAUAAUUAACAAUAUUUUGUUUCAAUACAAAAUAUUUAAAAAAGAAAAAAAAAUCUAAAAAUAAACUUAACCGUCGAAAUACGCACAAAACUGCCACAAAGAAAAUUGUGUCUGUCAAUGAAAAAUCGAGAAAGUUUAGAGGAAAUCAAAUUUUAUUAAUAAUAAAUUAUUGUAUCCCUAUAUAGUUUAUAAAUUAUGAGAUUUAAUUAAGAUUCUAUAAAAGUGAUUUUAAUGUAAUUUUUUUUCGUUCGCAACGCAUGAUAUAAUUUGUAUAAGUUUUAAUAUUGGACCAAUCAGUUGAUUUAUUUUAAAAAUAUGUUUUUAUUUGUAAUUUUUAAUUGUUUUUAUAAUACAAAUGUAUUUUUGUCAUAAAUUUAAACUUUGUUUUUAUGUCAAUUCAGGAUAUUUUAAUGUAAAACUGUUGUCUGUUAACGAAUAAAAAUUUAACCUUUAAACUAA